GGGGUGGGGGGGGGCAGGACACGGAGGCUGCAUGUGCGCAGCGUCGCUGGCGGAUCUCCCCAGACCGGUCGCAGCAUCCCGCAGGCUCCGUCAAAAGCAGCGACGAAACAUCAGCCGCUGCCAGACAUGGAUGAAGGAAUCUCCCGCUUGCCGGAGAGGCAGCUGCUGGAGCAUAGGGAUUUUAUAGGGCUGGACUACCCUUCCCUCUAUCUGUGCAAACCCAAAAGAGGCGUGAAGAGGGACGAGAGCAAGGAAACGUACAAACUGCCACAUCGACUGAUCGAAAAGAAGAGGCGAGACAGGAUUAACGAGUGCAUUGCCCAGCUGAAGGAUUUACUGCCCGAGCAUCUGAAAUUGACGACGCUGGGACAUCUGGAGAAAGCGGUGGUGCUGGAAUUGACUUUGAAACACUUGAAAGCGCUCACAGCCUUAACGGAGCAGCAGCACCAGAAGAUCAUCGCUUUGCAGAAUGGGGAGCGGUCCAUGAAGUCUCCCGUGCAGGCCGACCUGGACGCCUUCCACUCCGGCUUCCAGACUUGCGCUAAGGAAGUGCUGCAGUACCUCUCCCGCUUUGAGAGCUGGACCCCCCGCGAGCAGCGAUGCGCCCAGCUCCUCGGCCACCUGCACUCCAUCUCCUCGCAGUUCCUCCCCGGCCCCCAGCUCCUCUCCCCGCCGCCGGGCCCCCUCAGCAAAGGAUCCUCCUCCUCUUCCUCCCCGCCCGCCCCCCACUGCGCGGCGGGCCACAAGCCGGAGGGCCAGGCUAAUUGCGUGCCCGUCAUCCAGCGGACUCACGCCGCCGAGCUCAGCGCCGAGACCGACACGGACACGGACAGCGGCUACGGCGGUGAAGGCGAGGCGCGCCCCGAGCGUGGCCCGCCGGCGGCGGCCGGGGGCCCGCUGCCCACCCUGGCCAUCAAGCAGGAGCCGUCGGGCGACGAGGCGCCCUCCGCGCCAAAGCGCCUGAAGCUGGACCGCGGGGGCAGCCCCCUGCCCGGCCCGCCGGGGCUGGCGGCGCGGGGCGCCGAGGCGGCGGCGGCGGCGGCGCUGGUGAGACCCGACGCCGCGUUGCUGGGCUCGCUGAUGGCCCUGGGGGCGGGCGGCGGCGGGGCCCCCUUCGGACAGCCGCCGGCGGCGGCCCCUUUCUGCCUGCCCUUCUACUUCAUUUCACCCUCCGCCGCCGCCGCCUACAUGCAGCCCUUCCUGGAUAAAGGCAGCCUGGAGAAGUAUCUCUACCCCGCCGCCCCCAUCCCGCUCCUCUACCCGGGCAUCCCGGCCCAGGCGGCAGCCGCCGCGGCCGCUGCCGCCGCCGCCGCCUCCUUCCCUUGCCUCUCCUCCGUGCUCGGCCCCGCCGAGAAGGCGGCCGCCGCCGCCGCCGGGCUGCCACCGGCGCCCCACCUCCUCCCGCACCCCUUCGCUGCCGCCGCCGGGCUGGCCUCCGCCGCCGAGCCCGGAGAGGAGGCCGAGACGGCGGCCGCCAAGGAGCCCAGCCCCGAGGGCCCGUGAGCCGCCGCCGGCCGGGAGCCCCCGCGGGCUCCCCGCCGCUGCCCUCCCCUCGGACUGGCCGGGAAAGGCCGUGGGGCCGGUACCUGCGCCCCCGGUUUCCUACGGGGGGCGGGGGGGCUUCUGCAAGGGGUCGCCAGGGUCUGGCCGGGCCGAGGCGUCAGCUGGCGGCGCGGGGUGCUGAGGACCCCGCGGGGAGCCUCGCCCCGCCGCAGAGGACCGGCAAGGAUAAGAAUUUGCUACUCAGUAUUUUUUUAAUGUUUGGCUUUAUAAAUGCAUAAAUAUGUUAAGGAAAAAAAAAAAAGGAAGAAAACAUAGUAAGGAUACUUUUUUUUUUUUUUUUUUUUCUCUCUAUAAGGUAACUUAAAUGUUGCACCUUAUUUGGAAUGGGUUUAUACAGUGUCCCUAAGCCCCGCUUAGGAACUUGCACUUGUCCGGGAGACCUGGGUGGGCUCAGAGUGAGGCGAGGGAAGAAGGGCGGACCCCAGCACCCGUGCUAGCACUUUACUCAUGAGAAUCGGAGCGAGGAGGGGUGGGGACCCUGAGCCCGAACCCGCAGUGCCUUGAGCACCCGCGGAUGCUGCUGGCUCCAGCCAGUUCUGGGUGUGCAAGGAAAGGAGGGUCAGACCCAUCAUGUCACCUUCUGUGUUUCUUUUUUUUGUGUGUGUGUGGUUUGUUGUUUGUUGUUUCUUUUUUUUUUUUGUUAAGGUAUACAAGCAUAGCAAGUGCA